UGGAAAUUUUACGGCCCGGAACCCUACUCCAAGGUACUGCCGUCUGCGAAAACACACACUAUCUCUCUCUGAGCUCCGAAGCAAAAGCAAUGGCGGAGAGAGGCGAAGAAAUCUCUGUGAUAACCUUAGGAGGCAAGGGCUUAUCUCUCUCCUCAUCCUCUGUUUACGCCGUCGCCACCGGCGUCGCUCAGGUGCGCCUCGAUUCAUCCGCGCUCGAAAGGCUCGCCUCCUCCUCCUCCUCCUCCUCCAAUUCCCGCCCGCCAUUUGUCAAUUACCAAAUCAACCUACCCAAAACCCUAACCUUGUCCCGCGCCUUCCUCACCGUCAUCCUCAGCAAGCUCCUCUCCGGUUCCCCAAAUAUCCGUACGGUCCUUCCGGUUCGGAUCUCCGAGGCCCUGAAUUCCAAGCCUCAAACCCUAGAGUUCGUACCCCUUGACGUGACCCAAGAGGAGCUCUUCGUGCUCGAGAAAUCAUCCGCCUUAUUGCUCGGCCUUUCCGCCAUAGUAGACCACGAAGCCACGGCGUUAUCGGCGAUCGCCGACGCCGUCGCCGCGAUUUCUUGCGAGGCGUCCAGAGCCGACGUGGCGGCGUUCAGUUCGGUGGAUUCCGGGGACGGGUUUUCGGCAAAGGAGGAGGUUGGGGUAGCCAGUGAUAUGAAGGUGUUGCUCAAUGGGUCGAAGUUGGUGGGCAAGGUUGAGUGCGAGUCGGUCUCGAAAAUCUCCAAAGUUCAUGGCAGUUUCAGGGAGAUGGUAAAGUUCUUGCACUCCAAGACGCGAGCCGAGCUGAAUUCGCGUUCUAAGUUGGCGAAUGCCGAGGGUUUGACGGUACGAACGGUGUUGUCUCCACUCUAUGACUUGGGUGUGUGUAGCUUGAGACGCGCUAAAUUGAAUUUGGAUUCGAUCAGUACCGAUGAUUUGCGGUCGAGUGUGGCGGGUUUGUUUGAAGGGAAAUGCCCGACUCGUGAGAGUUUGAGAAAUGGGGUUAAGUUGGUUUCGGAAUUGGGGUUGGAAGAGGAGUAUGAGAAGUUUGUGUACGAACUGAAUGUGUUGUUGGGAAUGGUGUGGAAGAUUGUGGCGUGGGAGGCGACGACUGGUUUCAUUGCGCUUGAGGGUGUGGAAUGGAGUGAGAAGAGUGAGAAGGGUGUUGAGGCGAAUGGAGGUGGAAAUGUGAAGGUGGAGAGGAAGAGUGAGAAGAAGAAGAAGGUGGUGUUGGGGAAGGGGACUAGUGUGAUUGUGCAAUUGAUCAAGGAUAGGUUGCAGGGUAAGGGAGGAGGUGGUAGUGAGGGUACAGGGUUAUUGGAGAGGUGGGUAGAGGAUAUUUCGUUGUUUUUGGAUCCUAAGGACCGGGAGUUCGACGGUUUGUUGCAGAAAGUGAAGGAUAUUGUUGAAAGCAAUGAAAGCAGAAGACUGCCCAAGCUUCCAAAGGGUACUCGUGAUUUUGCGAAAGAACAAAUGACAAUAAGAAAGAGAGCCUUUUCAAUUAUCGAGGAAGUUUUUGAGAGGCAUGGUGCUACGGCCUUGGAUACCCCAGCUUUUGAAUUGAGAGAAACUCUCAUGGGAAAAUAUGGGGAAGAUUCAAAGUUGAUUUAUGAUCUUGCGGACCAGGGUGGAGAGCUCUGUUCUUUGCGGUAUGACUUAACUGUACCAUUUGCUAGGUUUGUGGCCAUGAAUGGUCUCACAUCAUUUAAAAGGUACCAGAUAGCCAAGGUUUACCGGAGGGACAACCCAUCUAAGGGAAGAUACCGUGAAUUUUAUCAAUGCGAUUUUGACAUUGCUGGCCAAUAUGAAAAAAUGGGGCCAGAUUUUGAGAUUGUAAAAAUUUUGACGGAACUUCUCAAUGAACUGAACAUUGGAGAUUAUGAGAUAAAACUGAACCAUCGGAAGUUACUUGAUGGAAUGUUGGACAUAUGUGGAGUGCCACCGGAAAAAUUCAGAACCAUAUGUUCAAGUAUUGACAAGUUAGAUAAGCAGUCUUUUGAGCAGAUAAAAAAAGAGAUGGUUGAGGAGAAGGGCUUAACAAUUGAGACGGCAGAUAAAAUUGGCACUUUUGUGAAGGAAAGGGGAUCCCCUUUGGAAUUAUUGUCUAAACUUAAGCAAGAGGGAAGCAAGUUCUUGGGACACGAUGGAUCUAUUGAUGCACUGAAUGACCUGGACAUUUUAUUUAAGGCUCUGGAAAAAUCAAAGUGUAUUGGCAAAGUGGUUUUUGACUUGAGUCUUGCCAGAGGUCUUGAUUAUUAUACUGGAGUCAUAUUUGAGGCUGCUUUUAAAGGCGGUACACAGGUUGGUUCAAUCGCUGCUGGUGGACGUUAUGACAACCUUAUAGGUAUGUUUGGUACAAAGCAGGUUCCAGCAGUUGGUGUCAGUCUUGGAAUCGAGCGAGUAUUUGCUAUAAUGGAGCAGCUUCAGAAAGACCAGAACCAGACAACACGAGCAACAAAGACUGAAGUGCUAGUAAGUAUACUGGGGGAUGACCUGACUCAAGCUGCAGAACUGGUAAGUGAGCUGUGGGAUGCCGGACUGAAAGCUGAAUAUCUUGUCAAUAAAAGAGUGAUGAAGCACAUUGACCGUGCUAAAGACUCGAGGAUCCCAUGGAUGGUUAUUGUGGGGGAACAAGAAAAGAAUGAAGGGAUUGUGAAAUUAAAAGACAUCGAGGCCAACAAAGAAGAAAAAAUUCCAAGAAGUAGGGUUGUCGAGGAACUUAAAAGCCGGUUGAACCGAUGAAGUCAAUAUUCGGCUGAGGCAUAACUCCAAACCCAACACCAAGGUGUGUUUUAUUGCAUGCUUUUGAGGGUGUGGCAGAUAACAGAGGUCAUACAUAGUGCUGGAAUCGUCUCUGGAUUAUGAAAUUGGGUAUCAAAAUUGAAAUGCCAAGCUUGAUUUGGCAGCACCUUCAAAAUCGUGAAAGUGAGUAUCAAUGGAAGGACAUGAGACACCUUAAAAUCAAGAUGCCAAAGGGAUCUCUUCUAAAUUAAUUCCCUUGCUGAAUUGACUAAUUUGGAGGCAGAAAUUAAAAGUAUUUUUUAUAUCAUUUUAUUUUAUUUUUUUGGAUUUGGGGUUGGUUUGGAA